UCGGGAGAGGACCUCCGAUGAAUCCCGAGGCGCUCCAAGACACCCGCUCGAUGCUCCAGCCGAUCCUCCUGCUCGUCAUCUCGGUGGUCCUAUUUCUCUACUAUGGAUGUCGGAAGCCGAAAGGAUACCCGCCAGGUCCCGGGUGGUGGCCGAUCCUGGGCUCGAGCUGGGAGGUCUCUCGCCUGAGGAGGACCACCGGGAGCCUCUACCGGACCUGCACCGCUCUCUACGAGAAGUACGGCCCGGUGGUGGGCCUAAAGAUCGGCAAGGACCGCAUCGUGGUGCUCAACAGCUACGAGAGCGUCCGCGCGAUGAUGAGUAACGAGGACUGCGACGGCCGGCCCACCGGGCCCUUCUACGAGACUCGCACCUGGGGCGAGAGGAGAGGUGUUCUCCUGACCGAUGGCCCCCUGUGGCUGGAGCAGCGCCGCUUCGUCCUGCGCCAUCUCCGGGAGUUCGGGUUCGGCCGCACCGACAUGGCGAUCCUGAUCGAGGACGAGGCCUCCCACCUGGUCGAGCACAUCAAGGCGCUUCUGCUGGGUGCCGCCGCCGAGAGGGAGGUCGAGGUCGGCAGCCGGUCCAAAUCUCGGCCGACCAACGACGGUCGGAUCUACCGACUCGCCGGGCAGCGCGACAAGGAGGACCUCGCUCCCGAGGAGGACUCCCGGGGUGAGGUCGGCGAGGCGACGAGGUCUCUCAAGAUCGAGGACGUCUACGUCAAGGCCGAGGACUACGCGGAGGUCAGGAGGAUGGCCCAGAGCUCGGGGACGAUCCUCUCGAUGGACGACAUCUUCGGGGUCCCUGUCUUGAAUAGCCUCUGGAGGAUGAUGGCCGGGAAGAGAUUUUCCACCGACGACAAGCGGAUGAUCUACCUGCAGAAGAUCCUGACCAAGCUUCUCAAGAAGGUGGACAUGGUCGGGUGCCUCUUCAGCCACUUCCCGAUCCUGAGAUACGUCGCCCCGGAGAUGUCCGGUUACAGACGAUUCGUUGACACGCAUCAACAGCUAUGGGCAUUUUUCGACGCUGAGCUGCAGAGCCACAAGACCACCAUCGAGUCCGAGACGCCGCGAGACCUGAUGGACUCGUACUUGAACAUCUUGCGCUCGGAAAAUUACAACGAAACGUUUUCCGAGUCGCAGCUUCUGGCCAUCUGCAUGGAUCUGUUCAUGGCGGGAUCGGAGACCACUUCCAAGGCGCUGAGCUUCUCCUUCUUGUACUUCGUCCUGUAUCCCAACGUGCAGAGGAAGGCGCAGGAGGAGAUCGACCUGGUAGUAGGUCGCGAUAGGUUCCCGGCUCUCACCGAUAGACCCAGACUGCCGUACAUCGACGCGAUAGUCCUGGAGUCGGUGCGAAUGUUCAUGGGCAGAACGUUCAGUAUUCCCCACAGAGCCGUAAGGGACACCCAGAUCAUGGGCUAUCGAAUCCCGAAGGACACCAUGAUAAUCGCCAAUUUCAACACGGUCCUUAUGGGCGAAUUCUGGGGAGACCCGGAGGUGUUCCGGCCGGAAAGGUUCCUCAACGAGGAUGGAAAGGUGACGAUACCCGAUCGAUAUCUUCCGUUCGGUUUCGGGAAACACCGAUGCAUGGGCGAGAUGCUGGCAAAGAGCAACAUGUUCGUCAUCAUCAGCGCGCUCCUGCAGGCGUUUACGUUCUCGGUGGUACCCGGCGAAGAAAAACCACCGAUAGACAUAGUGGACGGCGUUACACCCUACCCGAAACCGUACAGAGUGUUGAUCUCCCUGCGAUCGUAAUUCCCUUCGCCAGGUUCCCCGACGGGUCGCUCCACGUCGAAGUGACCGUUACUCGGAAGAUGCUACUCUUCUGGGAAUUAAACGACCCCGUGCCACUUGUACAAA